CGUGUUCGUAAAUACAGUUUGCUUUGGUUAUUUUACAUUAUAAUUUUAUUCCAGACCUUGAUUAUUCUUUUUUACAGUUUUCCGUCUGUUUACCUUAUUCAGACUUAAGCCUAAAUAAAUUUUACAAUUUGUUAAAACCAUUAAGUUAUUAAACCAGUUCUUCAUGAAGAUGACCUAGGCCUAGUAUGAGAAAUAAAUACUCAACUAUUUUAACUCAAACACAUUUUCUCAGGGAAACAUUAUUUUAGUAACAUAAAGACCUUUAUAUUUCCUAUGCUUCAUUGUAUUACUUUUAUGUACCACUGAUAAGCCUAGCUGUUGCACAAAAAUGUCUUCAAGGCCUGUAAUCAAGAAAUUGGAUGAAACGGUUGUCAAUAGAAUUGCAGCUGGAGAAGUAAUACAAAGACCUGCCAACGCAGUUAAAGAAUUACUUGAAAACAGCUUGGAUGCAAAAUCAACCAAUAUUCAAAUUACUCUCAAAGGGGGUGGGCUGAAAUUACUGCAGAUUCAAGACAAUGGAUGCGGGAUCAGAAAGGAAGACAUGGAGAUUGUUUGUGAACGUUUCACCACCAGUAAACUGGUCCAGUUUGAAGACCUUAACUCCAUCGCAACAUUUGGUUUCCGAGGAGAAGCAUUGGCCAGUGUCAGUCAUGUUGCUCAUCUUACCAUCAUCACAAAGACUGAAGACCAGCCUUGUGCUUACAAAGCUUCAUAUGAAGAUGGAAAGCUAAAAGGAGCUGUGAAAGCCUGUGCUGGAAACCAAGGCACUCAAAUAACAGUAGAAGACUUGUUUUUCAACGUUUCAACUCGACGGAAAGCUUUAAAAAGCCCUUCUGAAGAGCAUGCUAGAGUUUUGGAUGUGGUAAGCCGUUAUGCAGUGCACAAUCCAAAAGUGGGAUUCACCCUUAAAAAGCAGGGAGAAGGGUUGGUUGACUUAAGAACGGAACCAGACUCUACCCACAAGGACAACAUUCGGAUCAUCUAUGGAAACAAUAUCACAAGAGAGCUUCUAGAGAUCAAUACAGAAGACGAAGGUCUCCAACUGAAAGUCAGUGGAUACAUUUCCAAUGUUAAUUUCUCAACAAAGAAACCAAUAUUUCUACUCUUUAUCAACAACAGACUAGUAGACUCAUCAGCAAUCCGCAAAUCGUUGGAUUCGGUUUACGGACUUUACUUACCCAAAGGCUCACACCCUUUCAUUUACUUAAGUUUAUUUAUGAAUCCUCGAAACUUAGACGUGAAUGUUCAUCCGACAAAGCAUGAAGUUAAUUUUCUGCAUGAGGAAGCAGUUAUUGAAAGAAUCAAAAAAGAAGUGGAGAAAAUGCUCUUGGGUGCUAACACAUCUCGGACAUUCUUUACUCAGGCUAGAUUGCCUGAUCUGCCUGAAGUUAUAAAGGCUAAUGACAAAGCUCCAACUGUCUCGGCCAACAAGCUGGUGAGGACAGACAGUACCGCUCAGAAACUAGACAAAUUCUUUCCGAGCCAGAGUGCUAAAACUGUCAAGAGCCCUGACACCCCUACCAGUUCUGCUAACAGGAGAGACAUUCAGUUGACCAGUGUGUUGAGUCUGAGGAGGGAGGUGGAGGAAGGAGUACAUAUGGGUCUGAGGGAGAUCAUGUCCAACCACACGAGAGACAUUCAGUUGACCAUUGUGUUGAGUCUGAGGAGGGAGGUGGAGGAAGGAGUACACAUGGGUCUGAGGGAGAUCAUGUCCAACCACACGAGAGACAUUCAGUUGACCAGUGUGUUGAUUCUGAGGAGGGUGGUGGUGGAUGGAGUACACAUGGGUCUGAGGGAGAUCAUGUCCAACCACACGAGAGACAUUCAGUUGACCAGUGUGUUGAGUCUGAGGAGGGAGGUGGAGGAUGGAGUACACAUUGGUCUGAGGGAGAUCAUGUCCAACCACACGAGAGACAUUCAGUUGACCAGUGUGUUGAUUCUGAGGAGGGUGGUGGUGGAUGGAGUACACAUGGGUCUGAGGGAGAUCAUGUCCAACCACACGAGAGACAUUCAGUUGACCAGUGUGUUGAGUCUGAGGAGGGAGGUGGAGGAUGGAGUACACAUUGGUCUGAGGGAGAUCAUGUCCAACCACACGAGAGACAUUCAGUUGACCAGUGUGUUGAUUCUGAGGAGGGUGGUGGUGGAUGGAGUACACAUGGGUCUGAGGGAGAUCAUGUCCAACCACACGAGAGACAUUCAGUUGACCAGUGUGUUGAUUCUGAGGAGGGUGGUGGUGGAUGGAGUACACAUGGGUCUGAGGGAGAUCAUGUCCAACCACACGAGAGACAUUCAGUUGACCAGUGUGUUGAGUCUGAGGAGGGUGGUGGAGGAAGGAGUACACAUGGGUCUGAGGGAGAUCAUGUCCAACCACACGAGAGACAUUCAGUUGACCAGUGUGUUGAGUCUGAGGAGGGAGGUGGAGGAAGGAGUACACAUGGGUCUGAGGGAGAUCAUGUCCAACCACACGAGAGACAUUCAGUUGACCAGUGUGUUGAGUCUGAGGAGGGUGGUGGAGGAAGGAGUACACAUGGGUCUGAGGGAGAUCAUGUCCAACCACACGAGAGACAUUCAGUUGACCAGUGUGUUGAGUCUGAGGAGGGUGGUGGAGGAAGGAGUACACAUGGGUCUGAGGGAGAUCAUGUCCAACCACACGAGAGACAUUCAGUUGACCAGUGUGUUGAGUCUGAGGAGGGUGGUGGAGGAAGGAGUACACAUGGGUCUGAGGGAGAUCAUGUCCAACCACACGAGAGACAUUCAGUUGACCAGUGUGUUGAGUCUGAGGAGGGAGGUGGAGGAAGGAGUACACAUGGGUUUGAGGGAGAUCAUGUCCAACCACACGUUUGUGGGCUGUGUAGACCGUGAGAGAGCGCUGUUACAGCACGAGACCAGUCUGUACAUGAGCAACACCAGAUCUCUUGCGGAAGAGAUGUUUUACCAAAUUAUGCUUUACGAAUUUGCUAAUUUUGGCGUGAUUAAAUUCAAGGAGCCUCUACCUCUGCAGGAGUUGUGUCAGCUGGCCCUAGACAGCCCCCAGGCAGGCUGGGAGCCGAGUCAUGGUGACAAGUCUCAGCUGGCCUCGGAGGCCGCCACUUUGCUGUCAUCACGCUCUGACAUGCUGCAGGACUACUUCUCACUGGACAUCAACAGCAAUGCUGCACUGUGCGCUAUACCCAUGCUGUUGGUGAACUAUAUCCCAGACUUGGGGCAGUUGCCAAUGUACGUGUUGAAACUUGCUUGUGAUGUCAACUGGAACGAUGAACAACUUUGUUUCAAAACAUUCUGUAGACAAACGGCAAAAUUCUACAGCAAACUACCACAAGCACCCUUGGAUGAGAAGUCUAAGGGUGAUGACUGGGCGUGGACUGUAGAACAUGUUAUAUAUCCAACACUCAAGUCAAGUUUUCUGCCUCCAAGGAAGUUUGCAGAAGAUAAAACCAUCAUGCAGGUCGCUUCCCUACCAGAACUGUAUAAAGUGUUUGAAAGAUGUUAAAAUAUCGGAAUCUGAUCUCUUAAGUUAAUGGCUACAGUAAAUGCACUUAAAAAAAAUUAAAUGUGAUGUCCGAAAUAAAUAUCAUGUAAA